GCCGGGGAAGUGUUACCAGUAUAAGCAGAUGAAGCAUGCGCGCGGGAAGGCCUACUUUAACCUGCUGAUGGUGGCCGUGUUCUGGCUGGUGUUCGUGGUGCUGUUAGUGUCGUACGGACAGAUCGCUCGCCGUCUGCUGCGCGCCUCGCAGGAUAAACCGCACCUCCCCAACGCCGCCCGCUACGCCCGCACCGCUAGGAAGUCGUUCGUGGUUCCGCUGCUGUUCACGGUGUGUUUCGUGCCCUAUCACGCCUUCAGAGGGUUCUACGUGGCGUCUCAGCUGCAGGACAUCAGCUGCGAGACGCGGCGGCUCAUGGACCGCACUAAUGAAGCCGUGCUGCUGCUGUCGGCCCUCAACAGCUGCCUGGACCCCGUCAUGUACUUCCUGCUGUCGGGCUCGGUACGGCGGGCCACCCUGCAGGCGCUCGUUCAGUGUCUGCGUCUGCAUGCGGAGCCGCCGGCCACCAACAGCUCCACCACAGAGCUGCGCAGGACCUCAGUGUCUCACGCCUCCACCACCGCGGUGCUGGACACAUCCAGGUGCAGUCUGGGAAACAUCACGACACUGCGGAGUCAACAAACCGACCUGCACCCGCACUCAGAGCCCUGUGUGCACAGAUCGGUUCUGUCUGACUGA